UUGUAACUUGUACUGCUUCCCUCUUUAUGUAUAGCUUUCCCUCUCCCUCUACCAAACAUAACCCAUUCUAAAAGCACUUUAAUCAUAAAGACCAUAAGAACAAAAAGCGAAGCUCUUUCUCUUUUUUUGGCUCCCACUGCCAUCUUCUUUCAUUUCAAUUGUUGCUAUCUACUUACUACUUUUACACUAACCAUGCAAGAAAAAACAAGAAUGCAGAAGAAGAGAUCUGUGGUUGGUCGUAGAGCUUGGAACAUUCUUCGCGUGGCCUUGUUAUGGGCAAGAAAAGGUGGCAUUUUCAAGAACAGACACCUUAUGGCCGAUCUCCGUUUGCUGCCCAAAUAUAUUAAAAGUCUCCGACAUAGCAACGACUAUGGGUACGGUAGUGCAUUACAUUAUGGGGAGCGUGAGUUUUCCUUUGAUGACACCCCUAUCAUUCAUGUUAAGAUGCAUCGCCCUACUUCCUUGCGUUUCAAGAUGCCUAACAUACCCUGCAUCAAACCUCAAGUCGAUUUUGACUUUGACUUUGACUUUGAAAAUGAUCGUGAUCGUGAAGAACAUGAAAUGUUCAAUGGUAAUGAUGAUGAUGUUCCUAGGAAAUGUUUCUUGAAAUGUGUGGACGAUGAUAAUGAAGAGGACUCAUAUGCAAGCUGCGAGGUAUCUGAGGAGAUUAGUUGUCCCGGUGAUGAAGCUAUUGAUGUGAAGGCUGAGGAAUUUAUUGCAAAGUUCUAUGAACAAAUAAAGUUGCAAAGACAAAUAUCAUAUUUACAAUACCAUGAGACGACGCUCGCUAACUAAAGGUGCAAAUUGACAGAGAUCAACUUGCAGGCGCUUUCCACUCUUCAGCACUCACCAAUUUUCUUUCAUUCUUUUUUAUGUCAUAUUCUUGUUUCAAUUUCAUACUAGUAGUGUUCUUUCGGUAUAGGAUGCAUUGCGGAUUAUUUGUAUAUAGAAGAGGUAUUCAGUAUUCUACUCCUUACUGCAAAAUGAGAGCUCAAAAUCUUUUUUGUCCAAAAUAAUUUUGCAUCAAAUUGUCCAUCUCUUGAACCGGUAAAACAAAUGUUGACGAGAA